UCUUCAUAUAAUCUAGUUUCAGGUAGAUCUAUUAGUAUUACGUAUGUGCUUCGCAAUACUUGGCAAUAGGUUCAAUAAGCUACUGAUUGAUUUAGAAUCCAAAGAUCUAAACUAGACCUGAAAAUUUAGGGCUGUUUUUGAUUAAAAAUGAGUCAACUUACUAUAAAGCAAAUGAUGGAUUAUGGACAUUAUGGUGAAAGCCAAGAGGAUGAUGUUAUUCACUUAGAAUAUGCAGACAGUGAUGUUGUUAGUGGUCAGUUUGAUGAUGCAGAUUGUGAUGCUGUUAAUGAUGAAGAUCUCAAAAAAGAUCUAAAUGAUUCCAAGAACUGUUCCAAUUUUAAAAAAUUGACUAUAUCAGAUUUUAAAGAUCUCAAUGUUCUGGAUAAUCCUGAAGAUGAUGAAGAUGAGGAUGAUAAUUUUGAUGAUGAUGAUGAUGAUAUUGAACAGUUUCAUAGAGUAUCUAGAGAUUUUAAUGUCCAAACUCAGAAUGCUAGCCAGGGUCAACUUCAUACACAAGUCAAUAAAAUCAGUAUUGGUGAAAGUAAAAGGGGCAGACGUAGAGACAAAUCACAGCAGGCCACAGUAGAGCAAGUAUUAGAUCCCAGAACCAGAAUGAUUCUCUACAGACUGCUCUCUAAAGGGACAUUGUUGGAGAUUAAUGGUGCCAUUAGCACAGGUAAAGAAGCCAAUGUCUACCAUGCAACAGCUAAAGAUGGAACAGACAAAGCUAUUAAGAUUUACAAAACUUCUAUACUGAUAUUUAAAGAUCGAGACAGAUAUGUCACAGGAGAAUUUAGAUUUAGACAUGGCUAUUGCAAAUCAAAUCCAAGAAAAAUGGUGAGACUCUGGGCAGAAAAAGAGAUGCGCAACUUGACAAGGAUGCACAAAGCUCAGAUUCCUUGUCCUGAGCCUAUACUAUUAAAGAAUAAUGUAUUGCUGAUGAGUUUUAUUGGAGAAGAUGGAGUUGCUGCUCCAUUAUUAAAAGAUGCUACAUUUCCAGAUUCAAAAGCCCGAGAACUCUAUUUGGAUAUAAUUUUGAUGGUUAGACGUUUAUAUCAUGAAUGCAAGUUGAUUCAUGGAGAUUUGAGUGAAUUCAAUAUGUUAUAUUUUAAAGGUAAAGCUUAUAUCAUUGAUGUUUCGCAAUCAGUUGAGCAUGAACAUCCACACGCAAUGGAAUUUCUGCGUAAAGAUUUAGCAAACAUUACAGACUUUUUUCGAAGAAAAAAUGUUCCGACAAUGACAGUUAAGGAAUUGUUUGAAUUUGUAACAGACUCCAGUAUAACUACAGAGAAUAUUGAUGCUUACUUAGAGCAGGCAAUGAAGAUAUCCUCAGAAAGGUCAGCCGAGGAAAUAUCAGAGCAAGAAAAAAUAGAUGAAGAGGUUUUCAAGAGAUCCUUCAUUCCAAGAACUCUAGAUGAAGUUGUGGACAUAGAACGAGAUUUCCGAAGGACUCAGACAUUUGAAGGAGAGCAGGUUUUAUAUCACACAGUCACUGGACUGAAGCCAGAUUUAAGUGGACCUAGUCAGGUUCCUUUACUUCUGGAGCAAGUCACUGGACAGAAUGAGGAGGAUGAUGAUGAUGAAGAAGAUGAAGAAGAUCAAGAUAGUCACAAUGAGGGAGGAAAGGAUGAACAUGAGAAAGAGAGCUUAAGUGACUACUCUGACAAUGGUAACGAUGGGGAGAGUAACAAUAAAAGUAAAAAGCUUCAUCCUGUGCGACAGAGAAAUGAAACAGCUGAAGAGAAAAAGGAAAGAAAGAAGCUUGUGAAAGACUCACAAAAAGAAAAGAGACAGACGAAAAUUCCAAAGCAUAUAAAAAAGAGACAAGUAAAACUUGGUGCUGCAAAGAAAUGAUUCCAUAUCACUGCAUGUUGUGCAUAUCCUGUGACAAGUAACAUUGAGGACUAUUUUAUGGCUUGAAAUAUUCAAGUUGCAUCUCUGAAUUUAGAAGUAAAAAUAUCUCAACCAAUUCCUUUUACUUGUGGGAUGCCAUUGGAAAUAAAAAAAGAACGAAUUUCUUUUUAAUUAAUUUAAAAUGAUAGACUAAUGUAAUUCUCUUUUUCUUGUGAAGAAAAAAAAAAGUGUAAGUAAUUAGUCAUUGAAAACUUUUUUUUCUAAAUUUGAUUCUUACAUAGUAUUGGAUGUUUUUAUAUGCUGAUUUGUAAAUCUAAUUUGUAAAUAAAUAAAGAUCUUCAUCUUUCA